CGCAAAUAACUGCGAUCGCCUCGUCUUAGGCCCGGAUAACCAACUGCGUAGCGUAUCGAAUGCAUUGAAGAGAGACGAACGGGAAUGCCAAGUUCAGGAGAAAGAGAAGGUCCCGUCAUCGAAGGCUGGCAACGUCUGGAAACGGCCAACGGAAUUCCAUACUACAGCAACAAACAUUUGCAAAAGACGCAAUGGGAUCAUCCAAUGAUGAAAGUUUUGGAAGCCGAACUGAAGGAGCUCGACAAAAUUCGCUUCGUCGCGUACAGAACGGCUAUGAAACUUAGAGCGGUACAGAAGAAUACUAGAAUGUCUCUGAUCAAAUUGACUAUUGUCAAAGCGGUGUUCUCGCAGAAUGGAUUAGAGAGUCAGUCGGAAGGAGCUGCACAGACUAUGGACGUUUCUGAUGUUCAAAGCAUUAUACACUCAUUGUAUCAACGGGCACAUGAAUCUAGUUGGGGUCAGGUGUCUCAGAAGCACAGUGCCGAGUUGAUGAUCAAUUGGCUACUGAAUGUCUAUGACUGUGGCAGAACUGGGAAAAUGCGAGUUAUGUCACUAAAAGUUGGAGUAACAACUUUGUCUCAAGCAAGACUUGAAGACAAAUAUACUUAUUUGUGUGAACAGAUAUGCAGUAUUGACAGCCAUGUUGACAAAGAGGCAUUGCUAUCUCUGCUGAAGGAUAUGCUGCUGAUUGCAAGGCAGCUAGUGAAGGCUGAAUGCCAAGCAUUUGGGGGAAACAGUCCUAAGGCGGGAGUUGAGAGUUGCUUUGAUUUUGUCAAAGCACAGAAACGGAACACUAUCACCUAUGAGGAGCUAAUGCACUGGUUGCGAGCUGAGCCACAGACUAUUGUUUUCCUUCCAACAAUGCAUAGGUUGGCUGCAGCUGAAGCAAUGAAACAUGAUGCAAAGUGCAACGAGUGCAAGGAGUAUCCUAUUGUUGGCAUGAGAUUUCGGUCAAUGAAACAUAUUAAUGUUGAUUUAUGCCAAGGAUGCUUUUUUACCUGUCGAGGAAUGAACAACAAACCAAAGAAUGCCCAAUAUUUUCAUGAAUAUUGUGUUCCAGCAACAUCCGGUGAAGAUAUAAAAGACUUUGCUGGAGCACUAAAGAAUAAGGUAACAAAAGGUCAUCGGAAAACACAAUCAUCAUUUCUAGUUGUGAAAGAUUCCAAAGAUGAUGCUGAUGCUAACUCUGGAGAAGUUAGUGCUGUAUCUUCUCGACCUGUUUCAGAUGUUCAUGAAGAAAUUGGAGACCUGGCAGAUGUUUUGAGAGGGUUGGAAGAGCGACCAUCCGAGACCAGACCAGACAUGGAUGAUGAGCACGCAUUGAUUCGUCUCUAUGCAACUAGGUUGGCUGGACAGUCGGAACUACGCUCACCUACUCAAAUUACAGUUGAAGCAGAGGGCAGAGGACAGCUUGAUGUUGAAAGAAACAUCAAGACAUUAGAAGAGGACAAAGGUCAACUUGAAAAUGAACUGGAAAAUCUGAAAAGAAUACUUGACAGACAGAAACAAGAACAACAGCUACAAGAACUAGCCAUAAGCGACAGGGAUGCAGCUGCUAUGGUUCAGAUGCAGCGAGAGCGACAAGACAAGGAAAUACUCGAAGCACGCAUCGAGGUAUUGGAGGAGUACAAUGUUCAGCUGAAGUUACAGUUGCAGAGAUUGCGGCAGCUACUACAGGGCCGAGACAAGAAGUCACCUAAAUUGUUACGUUCACAAGCUGCCCUCGAGGAGGUUGCUCCUGAGAAUGCUGUUCUUGUGAAUGCAACUGCUAGGGCACCUAUGACUGCAGGUGUCAGUGAAGAGGCUCAGCUCCAGACUGUUGUGAGAAACUCAUUGACUGGGUUUCCUGAUUUGUUAGCGGAUGUUGCUUCUUAUGAUAAUGUAUUUUCCGACAUUCACGAUGCUGCAAGUAGAGUUGGUGAUGCAAUGACAGAGUUUGUCAAUGACAUGAGUCACACUACCAAGCUUUGAGAUUUUGGCUUUGAAACAGUAGGAUAAAGCUUGCAUUAAUUAAGUUAACGCGCAGUUAUAGUGGCUUUGCAAUUGGAUAUGUGCAUAUAGAGUCAUCUAAAUCUAAGAUACUUGUGGGUUCUUUCUUACAUAAUCAAAACGACUAGAGCACACUGCUGUACACGUCUCUUUACAGUGAUUUUUUACGUUACUCUAGAGAUUGCAUGGACGUCAGCAGAUCCAUGAAGAAGGAAGGCAUUAUACAAAUGAGA